GUUGGUUUCAAACCACUAACUUAGUAUGCAAAUAUCGGCUCAACUUCCAAUAUAGUCAUGCCUCUAGGAUUGUGAUGACCUAGGGUAUGCAAGAAUAUCCGGUAGUGGACACAAGUUGUUGCGAGCAAUUUCAAGCCAGGGCCUCCAGACUUACUUGCUCCUAGUAGGUAGUUAGUAGUAUGAUAGGCAAUGAGAAACUGGGUACUUUGUUUCCGCAUGUAAGACGAAAUCAAAAGGUUGGAGACUGUAUCGAACAAGCAUUUUCACAGCAGAAAUCAGGGUUACUUUCUGCUCUAGAGACAGGGACCUACCUAGGUAUUUAAGAAGCCGCAUCCAGCUUUCUGAUACCAAUACACCCUCUUCUGUCUCCUGAACUGCUUGGAUCGGUCGUUUUCUUAUUUAUUUUUUCCCCCUACCUCUAACCAUGAAAGUGCAAUCCAUCAUCAAAUGGGCUGCAAGCGUCCAAUUUCUAUGGACACUUCUUAUCCCGUGUGCAGUGGCAGUUCCUUUUAUAGAAUCCGUGUCCACCGUCAAUCAUUCCAGUAUCCAUCACCACCAUCUCUUCAAGAGAAACAAUUUUCCAUUUAUCGUUGGCAACAAAUGCUCCGCAGACCAGAGCGCCUAUCUCGCUCAAGAAGUGGAGGAAGUGAAGCAAGUGGUAACGGCGGCAAAUGAACAUCUUGCGGCGUUAAAGUUAAUGAUAAAGGAUCGAGCUCAACCGGAGCAGUGGGGAGCUCGUUUUGCUGAUCUCACCAGGAUUCUAAAUACCUGGCAGAGCGUGUUCGGGGUGAUUCAGAUAAAUAACCAAGCAAGAUCACAGCAAUUCCAAGGGGCACUGAGAACGUGGAGUGAGACUUUGGUCAAGAUAGAAUAUGUAAUCGAUGUUUAUACUACAAUUCAUACUGCAUUGAGCCAAGACGCAUUGCCAGUGUUGAUCCAUUGCAAUGACGAUUUUUUCGAGUAUGCCAGCACUGACGAGGACAAGAACCGCAUUUAUAAAGACAUGCGAUCGACAGGAGCUGGCACUGAUAUGAUGAUGCCGAAACCAUCGGGUAUGAAAGAGAACAAUCUUCGGUUAUGCUUUGAAAGCACACAAAGUCGAGGAUGGAACUUCAGAAACGCGAUCACAAACAGAGACGAGAUUUGCAUCUGCCCCAAUAUCUUUGCCGAGGCAAACACGCAGAACAAAAUAUCAGACCUCCUAGGAGCCCCCCUAAAUGGUGAACAUAUUAAUUCCUUGAAGAAAAGGGCAGUCGGUGGCACGCUUCUUCAUGAACUAUCUCAUAGUGAGGCUGUUAUGGGUAAAGAACGAAAAACAUUUGACCAGCCUGUUUUUAAUCCACGCGUUAAUAGACCUAUGGAGGCGCGUGAAUGGGGACCUGUUAAGGCACUUGCUUAUACAAACCCAGACCUUACCUUUACAAAUGCUGAUAGCCUCACGUAUUUUGCCCUCGGUUUGUACUUUACUACCCUUAGCCGUGAUUAA